CUCCGCCCCGCAGCCCGCAGCCCGCAGCCCGCAGCCCGAAGCCCGCAGCCCGGUCCCUGCCGCCCCCGGGGCAUGGCCUGUCUGAUGGCCGCUUUCUCGGUCGGCACCGCCAUGAAUGCCAGCAAUUACUCUGCAGCAAUGACAGAGCCCAAGUCGGUGUGUGUGUCAGUGGAUGAGGUGGUGUCCAGCAACAUGGACUCUGCUGAGACGGACCUGCUGAACGGGCAUCUGAAAAAAGUGGACAACAGCCUCACGGAGGCCCAGCGCUUUUCCUCCUUGCCCCGGAGGGCAGCUGUGAACAUUGAAUUCAAGGACCUUUCCUACUCUGUCCCCGAAGGACCCUGGUGGAGGAAGAAAGGAUACAAGACCCUUCUGAAAGGAAUCUCUGGGAAAUUCAGCAGUGGAGAGCUGGUUGCCAUCAUGGGUCCUUCUGGGGCUGGGAAGUCCACACUCAUGAACAUCCUGGCGGGGUACAGGGAGACUGGCAUGAAAGGGGCCGUCCUCAUCAACGGCAUGCCCCGGGACCUGCGCUGCUUCCGGAAGGUGUCCUGCUACAUCAUGCAGGACGACAUGCUGCUGCCUCACCUCACCGUGCAGGAGGCCAUGAUGGUGUCAGCACAUCUAAAGCUUCAGGAGAAGGAUGAAGGCAGGAGAGAGAUGGUCAAGGAGAUACUAACAGCGCUGGGCUUGCUGUCUUGUGCCGAUACGCGGACGGGGAGCCUCUCGGGUGGCCAGCGGAAACGGCUGGCCAUUGCUCUGGAGCUGGUCAACAACCCCCCAGUCAUGUUCUUCGAUGAGCCCACCAGUGGCCUCGACAGCGCCUCCUGCUUCCAGGUGGUGUCCCUGAUGAAAGGGCUGGCUCAGGGCGGGAGGUCCAUCAUCUGCACCAUCCACCAGCCCAGCGCCAAGCUCUUCGAGCUAUUUGACCAGCUUUAUGUCCUCAGUCAAGGACAAUGUGUGUACCGGGGGAAAGUCUCAAACCUGGUGCCAUAUUUGAGAGAUUUAGGUCUGAACUGCCCAACCUACCACAACCCAGCAGAUUUUGUCAUGGAGGUGGCGUCUGGCGAGUACGGAGACCAGAACGGCCGCCUGGUGAGAGCGGUCCGGGAGGGCAUGUGCGACGCUGACUACAAGCGAGAGCUCGGGGGCGAUGCUGAGGUGAACCCUUUCCUUUGGCACCGGCCCUCUGAAGAGGUAACGCAGGCAAAGCGGUUGAAGGGGUUGAGAAAGGACUCCGCCUCCGUGGAGGGCUGUCACAGCUUCUCAGCCAGCUGCCUGACCCAGUUCUGCAUCCUCUUCAGAAGGACCUUCCUCAGCAUCAUGCGGGACUCGGUUCUGACGCACCUGCGUAUCACUUCGCACAUCGGCAUCGGCCUCCUCAUCGGCCUGCUUUACCUGGGCAUCGGGAAUGAAGCCAAGAAGGUUUUGAGCAACUCGGGCUUCCUCUUCUUCUCCAUGCUGUUCCUCAUGUUCGCAGCCCUCAUGCCCACCGUCCUGACGUUCCCCCUGGAGAUGGGGGUGUUUCUCCGGGAGCACUUGAAUUACUGGUACAGCCUGAAGGCCUACUACCUGGCCAAGACCAUGGCCGACGUGCCCUUCCAGAUCAUGUUCCCUGUGGCCUACUGCAGCAUCGUGUACUGGAUGACGGCCCAGCCCUCCGACGCCGUGCGCUUUGUCCUGUUCGCAGCCCUGGGCACCAUGACCUCCCUGGUGGCCCAGUCGCUAGGCCUGCUGAUCGGAGCUGCCUCCACGUCCCUGCAGGUGGCGACAUUUGUGGGACCGGUGACAGCCAUCCCUGUGCUCCUCUUCUCGGGGUUCUUCGUCAGCUUUGACACCAUCCCCACGUACCUGCAGUGGAUGUCCUACAUCUCCUACGUCAGGUACGGGUUCGAAGGGGUCAUCCUGUCCAUCUACGGCCUGGACCGGGAGGACCUGCACUGUGACACAGAUGAGACGUGCCACUUCCAGAAAUCAGAGGCCAUCCUGAGGGAGCUGGACGUGGAGAACGCCAAGCUGUACCUGGACUUCAUCGUCCUGGGCGUCUUCUUCGUCACAUUGCGCCUUGUUGCCUAUUUUGUCCUGAGGUACAAAAUCCGGGCCGAGAGGUAAAGCAGCCAGACGACAGGCACGAGGAAACGUGGACACUGUGGCCAAGGGCACUUCUGGAGUCGUGGCAGCGAGGCCAUGCCCAGGGACACGGGGACUCUUCCAGCCCCGCCCUGGGGAGCACGUCUGACCCGUGGGUGGCUCAGUUUAUUUGCCCAGCUGGGUUGGGUCUUCUCAUCAUAUUUUCCUUUCUAGCUUUACCUAGGAAGAUGUAGGUAGGUUGGGGGGUUUUUUACAUGCAGAAUUUAAAAUACCACAACUGGGGCAGAGUUUAAAACUGCAUCACAGCUGGUGACGAGAAGCUUCCUCAGUAACAUUCUUCCUAACGUCCGGGCCCCGGCAGGCCUGGGCGGUGGACCAUAAGCGACUCCUCAGCUGAUCCCCGGGCCUCGAGGUGUCGCCGGGGAGAAGGGCCACGCGUGGAGGGAGGCCAUUCAUGACUGUUGCUUUUCAUAGUUUCAUUUCUAAGGUUCGUCUCUUUUCCACAGAGAAGUCAUUUUACAAGCCCAAAGUCUUUAAAUUUCAUUCAUUUUGAGAAAUUGUACCUUUUUAAAUACUUGUUGAAGAAGGAAAUAACAUCCUUUGUUUAGAGGUUUAAAGGGUUUACCUGAUCACUGACCUGGUUUGCGGUAUGAACAGAACUUUCAAAAGAUUCAAACCCAGUUUCCAGGUUGAGGGAAGACUUUGGCCCCAUCUUCACUGAGCCCCGAAGUAAUUUUUAAACAUUAUGCAAAAAAGUCAUAAGAUGAAAUUGGCUCUUUCAAAGUCUUUUAUUUUCCACAUGCUUCUUAUUUUAAGCAAAAUAUAUUAUUUCUUUCUAACUGUC